GGCACCUUCCACUGGCCUCACUCCUGGCCAAUUCAAGGGCAAAGAGGUGAGCAUAUUGUUUCUUUGCGAGUCUUAUAAUCCUCAGCCAUGAAAACAAAAAGCAACAAAUCCUUCCUGCUGAUUCAAAACCUAUUACACUUACGUGCACGUGGGUGAGUAUGUGUGCUUUGGCAUAGGCGUGGAGGUCAGAGGAUUACUGUGCGCCUUGUGCCCUGUGGCAUCUAGCUCAAGUGGUCAGGGUUGUUAGCAAGCGCUGUUAGCUGUUGAGCCUCUCUGGCCAGCUCGUACGAAAAUUUUGUUUUGUUUUUGUUUGUUUGUCUUGCUUUGUUUAGCAAGAAAGACAUCGUUGGGCCUCUUAAGGGUGCUUUUACUCUAUAUAAACCUAUAUAAGGAAUUUGGAGUGGGACUUUGUGAGUUCAAAUCUUGUCUCCACCUCUAAGAGAACACUGUGAUUCGCAUAAUAGUCCCAUAAUCUCUCUGAAUCUCUUUAUUUGUAAAUGAGACAAUAACACAAGGUUGGGGGUGGGUUAUCUGGAGAUCACACCAAUGGCCUGGAGCUACAAUUCUUCCUUGAUUAACUAAAAGCUUUCUCUUUCUUUCUUAGGUUGCCUUUUCCAGAGCCUGGCAGGAACCUUGUUCUCUCAGGUGUUUUGAAAGCCGGUAUUCCUUGACCAGAACAGUUGCUUCCUAGGCCAUUUGACAUCCCUGGCUUUCUCUUUGAAGAAAGCGUCCCCCUUGGCUAGUUUGGGAAACAGGCUGAGUGAGUGGGGGUCGACAAGUUGGCUGCGACCGAGCAUCCUCCGGGCAGGUCCUGCGGGAGCAGCUGUGCGUGCGCAGCCGAGGGUGGCGGCGGCAGGCACCCCGCCCUUGGCCGCCGCCUCGGCGUGUCAGGUGUCGUGAGAAGCGCGGGAGGGGCGGCCGCGAGCAGCGCCCAGGGAGAUGACUGGAGCCGACUUCCCAGAAGCGGAGCACGCAAGGCACAGCUCCGCACGCAAGGGGGAGGCGACAGCAGAAACUUUUCAACCCAACCGUUUGCUGGCUUACAGAGUUGCCUCCUCCUCCCACUCACCGCCCCUGUCUCGGGUCUGGCGCUCCAGGACUGCCUCCAGCGCCCAAGCUUGGAUCACUGCCUGGGGCGACCUGAGCUGACACGCGUGUCCAGCAGGUGGCAGAGUUCCGGUGGUUUCAUCGCGGGAAGGCUUGCCUUCUGAGAGCUUUGUGUGCAGAAGGACGGGUGCACGCGUUGGGGUGGGAGAACUUUCAAGGUUUCCAGAUCUCAGAGGUAGAAAGAGAUCUGUACACACAAAGGGCCACGGCUGUAGGGCCAAAUGCUUUGCAAAACCUUAAGAUAAAGAUAAAUGCAAGGCAAAUCAAGCUGCACUGUUCUUAAAAUGGCAAGUUUCUUUUCCUGGCUCGGUGCCUAAGGAUCAUGAGCAAGGCACCAAACUCGAGUCACCUGGAGAAGGAGGGCGUAGCGCUUUGCUCCAGCGGAGGCGUAGGAAAUUCUGUCCCAAGUUCGGUUCUGGGGAAAGCGUGGGGGUCUUGACUGGGGGAUGACUGACGACAAGCCGUUAUCGCCAAAGGAAAACUUUACAAGGCGGUUCCUAAUAAAGCUGCCAGCUAUUGUUCCAGGACGGUCCCAGCCCGCGGCGCGGACUUCCCACUGGACCACCCUGGGUCACCCUGAGCACGGACAUGAGAUCCAAGUCCCAGAUCUGUGGACUUUCGCAGUGCGUCCCGCCCCUCACGCCCCACCUCCUAAAGCCCCCGCUUCCUCCAGUCUCUACCCAGUCCUUAAAACCCCCCUAGUAGAUGGAUGGCGCAUCGCCUCUGGGGUGCGAUGCAGACACCUCAGAGACGCCAGCUUGAAAGCCGCUGGCGGGUUGGGAUUUAACUCCACUUUAUCUAAACUCCCAACCCCCAUCCGUCUCAACCGCAACUCCAACUCCGUGAGAAAGUCCUGACUUUGCGGAGCCCCAGGUGCAAAUUUGAGACACUUUUUUUUUUUUUUCCUGUCCUCCAUCCUAAUCUAAGUUUAGGUUGUGACUGAGCCAAGAGUGGGUGCUAAAGCAGCGGGCCUCAGGUGUCUAGGCUUCCAGGUCCCUGGGGACUCUCAGGCUGAAGCCUCGCAGAGUCUGGGCAUAGGCUCCAGAGCUUCUCCCAGACCCCUGUGCUCUACACCGCGGGAAACCACGCUUCAUCGCAGCAUGGCCACCGGCCUUAGUGCAGACAGUCCACAGCAGCCGAGCUCGCUGUCUACCCAGCAGACCACUCUUCUGCUACUCCUUUCCGUCCUGGCCACUGUGCACUUAGGACAGUGGCUGCUGCGACAGUGGCGACGGAAACCGUGGUCCUCGCCCCCAGGUCCCUUUCCUUGGCCACUGAUCGGAAACGCAGCGGCUGUUGGUCAGGCAUCGCACUUGUACUUCGCUCGCCUUGCAAGGCGCUAUGGCGACGUUUUCCAGAUCCGUCUGGGCAGCUGUCCCGUGGUGGUGCUGAAUGGCGAGAGUGCCAUCCACCAGGCCCUGGUGCAGCAGGGCGGCAUCUUCGCGGACCGGCCGCCCUUCGCCUCUUUCCGUGUGGUGUCUGGUGGCCGCAGUCUGGCUUUCGGCCACUACUCUGAGCGCUGGAAGGCGCAGAGACGCGCGGCCUAUAGUACGAUGCGUGCCUUCUCCACGCGCCACCCGCGCAGCCGCGGUCUCCUCGAGGGCCACGCGCUGGCAGAGGCUCGAGAGUUGGUGGCAGUGCUGGUGCGGCGCUGCGCGGGCGGCGUCUUCCUGGAUCCGACGCAGCCGAUCAUUGUGGCUGUGGCCAAUGUCAUGAGCGCUGUGUGCUUCGGCUGUCGGUACAACCACGACGACGCGGAGUUCCUGGACCUGCUCAGCCACAAUGAGGAGUUCGGGCGCACGGUGGGCGCCGGCAGCCUGGUGGACGUGCUGCCCUGGCUGCAGCUCUUUCCCAACCCAGUGCGCACCACCUUCCGCAAGUUCGAGCAGCUCAACCGCAACUUCAGCAACUUUGUCCUGGACAAGUUCCUGAGGCACCGUGAAAGCCUGGUGCCCGGGGCUGCUCCUCGAGACAUGAUGGACGCCUUCAUCCUCUCUGCCGAAAAGAAGGCAUCCGGGGGCCCUGGCGACGACCCCUCCGGGCUGGACUUGGAGGAUGUGCCUGCCACUAUUACGGACAUCUUCGGAGCCAGCCAGGACACCCUUUCCACCGCGUUGCAGUGGCUGCUCAUCCUCUUUACCAGGUACCCGGAUGUGCAGGCCCGCGUGCAGGCCGAGUUGGACCAGGUUGUAGGGAGAGACCGCCUGCCCUGCAUGAGUGACCAGCCCAACCUGCCAUAUGUCAUGGCUUUUCUUUAUGAAUCAAUGCGAUUCUCCAGCUUUUUGCCUGUCACCAUUCCUCAUGCCACCACCGCCAACGCCUUUGUUUUAGGCUACUACAUCCCCAAGAAUACCGUGGUUUUUGUCAACCAAUGGUCUGUGAAUCAUGACCCAGCGAAGUGGCCUAAUCCAGAGGACUUUGAUCCAGCCCGCUUCCUGGACAAGGAUGGCUUCAUUAACAAGGCACUAGCCAGCAGUGUGAUGAUAUUUUCAGUGGGCAAACGGCGGUGCAUUGGCGAGGAGCUGUCUAAGAUGCUUCUGUUUCUCUUCAUCUCCAUCCUCGCUCAUCAGUGCAAUUUCAGGGCUAACCAAAAUGAGCCCUCAAACAUGAGUUUCAGUUACGGCCUGACCAUUAAGCCCAAGUCGUUUAAAAUCCAUGUGUCUCUCAGAGAGUCCAUGGCGCUCCUUGAUAGUGCUGUUCAAAAGCUGCAGGCUGAGGAAACUUGCCAGUGAGAGGCUGGAGGCAGCUGAAAUGUUCGAAGAAAACCCAUUUCAUUAGCCAGGGAGAAAAAUACAUAAUCCCUCCCUCCAGCUUCAUUUUGGCCUCAGUUCUCAAAAGUGGAUGGAAACCAAGCGGCCUGAAGGUGAGGCAUGCUUACCAAUUUACGGCUCCUCACGGGCCUGUGCUGGAGUUCUUGGAAGUAUUUUGGAAUUGAAGAGUAAAGGGCCCAAGGAAUUUGGGUCCUGUUUCUUUUCUCUUUUUUUCCAAUUAAACACAUGUACACAUAUCCACAUGUGUGCACAACUAUCUAACAAAGUAUUUCAGUAACUCUUUUUGGGUAGAGAGGGAACUUCUAUGUGCAGAAACUGCACAUAGAAAACUGUGGUAAGGAAAUUGUGGUAAGGCUUAGGAUAUACUCAAGAUUAAAAGACAAGUCAUUUCAGUGUAAAAUAUAAAGACCAGAAAUUCUCCUACCAAGAGACAACUUGCUUAGAGAAAUGCUUCAACUGCUUUGUGGCCCUGGAUGAGGCUUCCUUUCUGCCUGUAGAUGUGUCCCCCGCUUUAGAAUGGACUAUAAAGUCAGUUGCUUCCCCAAGAAAAAGGAGAAAAAGAUUUGCCAGUCUAGCUUAAGUUUUCAGUGUUGGGACUGUAAUAAACCGGUUGCAGUAAUAAGUCUGAUAAACUAAAAUAAAUAAAUAAAUAAAUAAAUAAAUAAAUAAAUAAAUGCCUCAUGUCACCAAAUAGAAUUCAAUGCAUAUAACAUUUUACAUGAUUAUUCAUAAACAUCAUAUGAAUAUUAACUAUUCGAUCAGGAAAACACUUGAAUAAUAUAUUUCUUACGUCAUAUUGCAAAUCAAAAAGUAUAAUUCAUCAGGUGAAUGAAAUUUCCCAAAUUCAGGAAAGGAGCCGGACUAAACCAAUCUGUUUUGAAAUCAGGGAACCAAGUAACAGAAAGAUCUUUUCUUAUUUAUAGUUCAUACAAGGGACAGAUCUCAAAACUAAACCAGCAAAAUAUGUUCUGAUCUGGUAAUUGUAGUUACCACACAAAUGCUUCUUUUGGAAUUAACCCCAGUAAUAUGUCAAGAUUCCAAACUCUUGGCUUGCUUCGAUUUUAAAUUACUUUAAAAUCUAUCUUGAUUAUUUCCCUUAUCCCAUCCACAGAAGGUGAGACACCUAACCUUUGCCUGAGGACAAAUGCUAAAUGCAAAAAUAAAUAGAUAAAUAAAUAAAUAAAUAAAUACAGGCCAUGAAUGUUCUGGGUGUUAAUAUUAGAGGCCACGUGUUAGGAAACUCAGUACAACUGGUAAUUGGUAGUUUCUUUUUAUGUGUUAUUACUACUGUUGUUGUAGCUGUUUUUUAAGUUGAGUAUUAAGGCCUGUGUGUGUGUGUGUGUUUUAAGUCAGAAUCUGAAGAUUGUCUUGGGAGGUUUCUUAGCAACUGCUUCUUGAGACAGCAGAGAUGGCUAACACCAGCUCUUAUUUGGGAAGGCACACUAUGAGCAGCUACUUCCUGGGGGGGCUGAGGGAGGAGAAGUAUAUGUAUUUGGAUUCUGUAAACCAACUGAAAGCCCUUUAAGAAGAAGGGUUGCAUGAGUGGAAAAGUGGGGACAGGGCCCGUGGGGGUUUCCCAUCUCUGUUUUCAUUGCAAUUAGAUGGAACAAAAGAAGCCCACAGCACUCAGAUUGCUUACUGUUGGCUCUGUUUCAUUAGGCUUCUUGGGAUUUUUGUAUCAAAAUUACAAAGGAAGGAGUGUAUGAUGCUCUUUGUGUGCAGAGGCCAGAAGCUGUAAGACAGAGAAAGCAAGAGCAAAAGAGAGAUGUCUAAAUGGUCCCCAUUCACUCCAAAUGAAUUUCCUGAACUAUAAAAUUUGAGGCAUGAAUGUUUAGAAAAAAAGGAGUUUUGAGUGGCAGGCCUUACCUUCAAAGUAUCUCUUAAGAGUGGCUGGAGCCCUGGCCCGAGUCCUCUCUCUCCCCCAUCCACGUCUAUUUUGUGGUUGAAAAUUGAAUUAUUAAAAAUCUAAUGUAAUCCUUAUUUAAAUUUCUCACGUCAGGUCCUCUUGAAUGUGAAAUGCAGGUUGUGUCAGUAUUUUAAAGGCCUUAAUUUCAACUACAAAAAUUAACUCUAUGCAAUAAUUUUUAAUUUUUUAAGGCAUUUUAAAAGCAUGCACCUCAGUAAGGCUGGGGCAGUGAUGUGAGCUUCCAUGGCCUCUUUACUAUGAGAAAUUUAUAAUAGUGAAAGUCUUCAUGUACCAAUCUGGACUCCUCAUUAAGCCAACCAGACCCAGAUGUUUUAUGAAUGUAGGGGUCAUUUUCAUCUGAUGUUUUCAGCAAAGAGGAAAGUAGGGGGGUUACUUUGUUUAACAUAUUUAGAACCUAGUGAACGGAAAGAGGAUACAAACCAGAAAAGAGUAAUAAUUGUCAUAUUUGGAAGCUCUAAUACAUUACUGGCUUAGUCAGAAAGCCUGCUUUGGUUUCUGCUACGGAGGGAACUUCUUUUGGUGGUCACCAUGUUCAUCAGAGAAUCCACCUCAGGUCAGGGCAGCAAAAGUAUGUUUUUUAUUAAGUGCCUCAUUUGUAAAGCUUGGACUUUGUUAGAACAUUGUUCCCCCCCCCCAAAAAAAAACCCCCAAAAUAGAUGCCUCAGGUGUGUUUUAUGGAUUAAUCAAAAGAGUUCAUCCCCAGAACUUAGCCUUUACCUGUGAAAUCUUAGCACACUCUUAUGUAUCCCCACCAGGGCUGUGCUUGAUUCAAUAGAUCACCGCGUAUGUAUCCCCACCAGGGCUGUGCUUGAUUCAAUAGAUCACCGCGUAUGUAUCCCCACCAGGGCUGUGCUUGAUCCAAUAGAUCACCCGUAUGCUAGUUAGUGUGCUUUUAGCUGUGGCACAAUUGUAUGAUGAAAGGUGUAUGUUACCAGGUGAUUAUAACCCAGCAAGAACGCCCUAUUUAGCUGCUUCUUCUGUUUUAUACUUUGUCAUAUAUGUUCUUAAUAUGUAUAUAGCUGAUACAGUGCACACAGAUCCUCCGCACACAGGAUGAGCUAACAUGUAGCCUCUACCUUUUGAUCUACCAAAAUUUUAAAAUGUUCUGUCUUCAUUAUCUAUCAUGAAACACUGAUACCUAAAAAUAAAAUCCACUGUCAUAAUUC